AUGUCAAGACUUUCAAUUAAAGAGCUAUAUGAAUGCAAAGCCACACCGUCGAUCUCCUUAGAGUUUUUCCCACCUAAAACAGACUCAGGUACGAGAAAUCUUAUGGAACGUAUGGGUCGUAUGUCUGCUAUGGAUCCACUUUUCAUUACUGUUACCUGGGGAGCUGGUGGUACUACUUCGGAUAAGACCUUAAAUUUGGCUCAAUUGAUAUCUAAAGAAUUCAAUGUGCCCGUCUGUAUGCAUUUGACAUGUACUAAUAUGGAAAGAAGUGUUAUCGACGAGGCUCUGAAGAAAUGUCAAGAAAUAGGGAUUAAGAAUAUCUUGGCGCUAAGAGGUGACCCACCUAUUGGGGAGGAUUGGAUAGAUAGUGAUGGAAACCCAGAAUAUGAAUUUAAACAUGCUAUUGAUUUAGUUAGAUAUAUUAAGGAAACUUAUGGGUCUGAGUUUUGUAUAGGUGUUGCUGCAUACCCAGAAGGUCACUAUCAAGAAGAUAGCGAGAAUGCUAUACAGGAUCCAGUAAAAGAUUUAGUUUAUCUCAAGGAGAAAAUAGAUGCUGGUGCAGAUUUUGUGAUUACUCAAAUGUUUUAUGACGUUGAGAGAUUUUUGGCGUUUGAGCAAUUAUUUAGAGAUAAUAUAUCUAUGAAUAUACCCUUAUUCCCUGGGUUAAUGCCAAUCAAUUCAUAUUUACUAUUUCAAAGAGCUUCUAAGUUAUCGCAUGCAUCUAUUCCUGAAAAAAUAUUAGAAAGAUUCCCACCAGAAAUACAAUUUGAUGAUGACUCAGUUAAAUCCAUUGGUGUGGAAAUUCUAAUUGAUAUCAUUGAAGAAAUUUAUAAGAGAACAUCAGGCAGAGUGAGAUGUUUCCAUUUCUAUACGUUGAAUUUAGAAAAAGCUAUUGCACAAAUUGUUUCACAAUCUCCCACAUUAUCUCAUAUUCUUGAAGAAAAUGAAUCAUCUUCCGAUGAUGAAGUUACACCUCAAGAAAAUGGUAUUGCCACAAUAGACGCUGAUGGUGAUAUUGUUAUUGAAGAUAUCCCUGAAUCUAAUAACGACGAUUCUGACGAAAUAAUGAUAGAUGGGGGUAACGAUCAUGGAACUAAAAGAAGAAGACGUUCUAGUACGGUAUCAACUGAAUUCAUGAUGAAUCGUGCCCUUGUUACACAAGGUAGAACCAAUACAACAAGAACGAAUCAAGGUAUGGUGGGAGCUCCAUCUAAAAAAUUUGUUAUAUCUAUUUCUAAAGGUUCUGGUGCAUUAGGUCGUGAUGCUACUUGGGAUGAAUUCCCUAAUGGUAGAUUCGGUGAUUCUAGAUCACCUGCAUAUGGUGAAAUUGAUGGUUAUGGUUCAACAAUUAAAGUUAGUACUAAGAGAGCAUAUGAACUUUGGGGUCAACCUAAAAGUUUGAAAGAUUUGAAAUCCAUAUUCAUUAAAUAUUUAGAAGGUUCUAUAGAUGCAUUACCAUGGUGUGAUUUAGGUUUAUCAGCAGAAACAGGAUUGAUUCAAGAAGAACUUAUACAAUUAAACCAUAGGGGAUAUCUUACAUUAGCAUCUCAACCAGCAACAAAUGGAUCAUCAAGUACAGAUAAAAUAUUUGGAUGGGGUCCUAAGAAAGGUAUUGUUUAUCAAAAAGCAUUUGUAGAAAUGUUUAUUCAUAAACAACAAUGGGAAAAUGUUUUAAAGCCAAAGAUUGAACAUUAUGGUACUAGAAAAUUUAGUUAUUAUGCUGGUGAUUCAUCAGGUUCAUUUGAGUCUAAUCUAGAUGCCAAUAGUUCGAAUGUUGUAACAUGGGGUGUAUUCCCAAACAGCCAAGUGAUACAGACAACUAUUAUCGAAGAGAACUCUUUUAAAGCAUGGCGUGAUGAAGCUUUUACUAUUUGGUCAGAAUGGGCCAAAAUUUUCCCAAGAAAUUCUGUGACGAAUAUAUUUUUAAGAGAAAUGUUUUCUGAAUAUUGCCUGAUAUCGAUUGUUCAUCAUGAUUAUAUUGAAACUGAUGAGCUUUGGGACAUAUUAUUAGAUUGA